AGAAACGGCAACGACUUCUAGAAAAGUUGAGCACGCACACAGACCGCAGGCUGUUUGACCUCAUUCGACAGUUAGUUAAUGACUUUGCGCUGACGGCACUUUUUAGUAGUUCUCCUUUUUGCGCUAGAUGGAAUGAAGGUUGGGUAGCAGGUGAAGAAUCACCAAUACGGACAGUCGUGGACUUGUAUAGAAAUAGAAAAACGGAGAAAAUAUAAAUAACUUCUGGAAUAUUUUUGAAUAAGUGAGACAGGAUGUACAUGUUUUCUCUCUCUGUCAAUUGAUUCGUAUACUAUCUUGUGUAGAAUUACCUUAUUUGUCAUACAGACAACUUCAGUAACGGGAAAAGAGUGCUGCGAAAAGUGGACCCAUAUGGAAUAAAAAACAACUGAAAAAAGAGACACUGGCUUUUGGAAUAUUUUUUUCUUCAUGUCAUGGACAACAAUGUGGUGUAACUAGACUUUAUUGUUAUUCUACCAACCCAUAACCCAACCAUGCAGCAAGAACGCUUGCUCAAGGUCCUGGUCAUCGGUGACUUGGGUGUCGGCAAGACGUCCAUAAUCAAGCGUUAUGUCCAUCAGAUAUUCUCUCAACAUUACCGGGCCACCAUAGGAGUAGACUUCGCUCUCAAAAUCCUCAAUUGGGAUCACAAGACCGUGGUGCGUCUGCAGUUGUGGGACAUAGCCGGCCAGGAGCGCUAUGGCAACAUGACGCGGGUGUACUACCGUGAGGCUGUGGGUGCGUUGGUGGUGUUUGACAUGACACGGGCCUCAACCUUCCAGGCUGUCCUCAAGUGGAAGAGAGACCUCGACUCCAAGGUUGCUCUGGGUAACGGGAGGCCAGUUCCGGCCGUCCUAUUGGGUAAUAAGUGUGACCAACUGAGCACUGGUCUCUGCUCCAAACUGCCCAAACUGGAGAACUUCACCAGAGACCACGGCUUCGUGGGGUGGUACGAGACCUCAGCCAAGGACAACACCAACAUCGAUGCGGCCAUCAUGUGUUUGGUAGAGAGCAUCAUGGCGGUAGAGGAGGAGAGGUUGUCAGGUGGAGAUCCUAGAGACCACAGUGUCCUGCUCCUACCACGCUUUGACUACAAUAUGAAAGAGAGGACAGGGGUGCCAGGGUGUGAUGGGUGUAAUAAAAAGAUUACUCUGCCGGGACGGAGAGAGAUGGGGGAUAUCUGA